UAAAUUAAAGAAAAUAUGUAUUGAAAAAACAAAAAUAAAAAUCGCAUCCAACCGCAACGAAAUCGAUCGCAGUAAUUAAGUCCAAUCAAAUGGAGGGGGCACCGGCCGGCGGCGAUGAUGUCACUCCGGCCACGGCUAUCUCCCGGUGGAGUUUCAGAGUGUCGCAGCGGUACCAGCAUCUGCUCGACAAGUCGACUCCGCACAUGCUCAACCGCUGGAUCGCCUUUCUCUUUGUCGCCUCGGUCUACGUCCUCCGCGUUUACCUCAUCCAAGGGUUCUACAUCGUUUCGUACGGCCUCGGAAUCUACAUUCUUAACCUCCUCAUAGGGUUUCUGUCUCCCCAGGUGGACCCCGAGAUCCAGAACCUCUCCGAGGGGCCCUCGCUACCGACACGUGGCUCCGAUGAAUUCCGCCCCUUCGUUCGUCGGCUCCCAGAAUUUAAGUUCUGGUACUCUAUCACAAAGGCAUUUUGCAUUGCUUUUGUGAUGACAUUUUUCAGCGCAUUUGAUGUACCUGUGUUCUGGCCAAUACUGCUUUUCUACUGGCUGUCACUCUUCAUUCUCACCAUGAGGCGACAAAUAACACACAUGAUUAAAUACAAAUAUGUUCCAUUCUCACUUGGAAAGCAGCGGUAUGAUCAAAAGAGAACAUCUUCAACUGAAAGCUCAAGCCUAUCUACAGAUUGAUUGAUUCAGGUAGAUUGAAUUGUAUUUGCUUCUUUUACACUGCACACACCAUCUUCCUCAAUUUAUUCUGCCUUGUUGUGACACAGUGGAAACUUUCGGAGAAUGUGUUAACAACUAGAUUCAGCGCCAUGGAUGAUCAUUCAUUUUCCCUUGAUUUUUUCCAAGCUUCUGUAUGCCUCCUGGAAAUCUAUUGUUGGGGAGAUGAAGUAGUUCAUGAAAUCCUUUUUCCCUUUUGCUCAUAGUAUAAUUAUCCUCAUGUAUAGAAGGCACUUGCUACAUUCCCGUUGCUGAGAUUUUUAAAAUCUAGCGGCAUAUGUUUCACAGAGCCUUCGUUGUGAGGAAUGAGUCUAGCUUCGCAAUUGGGCUAAUUCAAAUUUAGAUUAAACUGUACUUUUUUCCCGCAUUUACUUGGAACUUCCCUUUGCUUAUUAUGCAGUGCACUUUCAACAGUAUGCUUACAUAAAUUUUCUUAGCUAUUGGAUCGUAUUCUUAAGAUCUAUUGUGAGGAUUA